AGGCGGGGGUGGGGGAAGGGCAGGAGGGCUUGGAGCUGCGCGCGGAGUAGUCUGGGAGAUGUAGUCUAUUCUGGAGGAAGCGAACGGGAGUGCGCAUGUUCAGAAGCGCGCAGCCGCUCUCGGAGCACUUGAAGGGAAACUGGGAGUCCCUCCACCGCUAAGCCUCAGGAGGGGAUUGAGGAGGGGUGGGGACUGCGGAGGGUAGUGAAUUCUGGGAUUCCGGCUGCCCGGGCAUAUACCUAGAGCCCCGGCAGGGGUGCGAGCACUCCCUGCAGGCGGGCCCUGUGCUGUCACGCCAGCUCGUCAAUCGCCACGGCGACUGGUCACUUAGGUACCCUAGAGCGGUGGUGCUCGCGGAGACGUCUGGGAAAUGUAUUUCCGGAACCUCAUUCUACUUGCUUAGCUGCUAUUUCUCGCAGAGUUGACUCGGCACCCUGAGGCGCAGAGGUGUGACUCACAGAAAUCAAACUGCUUCUAAGUUGAUGCCAUCCCAAUAAUAAAUUCAGAUUUUCACGGAGUCCCAAUUGCAGAAAGCAUGUAGGGAGGGGAAGUCAGCCCUUUUACCAGUGAGGAAACUGCAGUUCACAUUAGGCACAGAGGAGUCAGCAUCUCAAACCUUCCUUGCAGACUGUUGCUCCAGUGAUUUGGGGGCCUUUGAGGGUCCUCAGAAGUGCCCCUGUCACCUCGGAGAGAGCUGAAGAAAUGGAUCGUUGCUAAAUGUGAUGAGUUAGCUUCAGGUGUUGGGGAGGAAUCGUGGAAAGGGACAGACACUGGCCUGAGACCUGAUCUGGUACUCCUGAUGAGACCCACUGUGCUGGGCUCCCCAGGCCGUGCACCCCCAGAAAAUGAGCCGGUUGUGGUGAAGCUGGAGGACUCUGAGGAGGAGGGAGAAGGCACUCUGUGGGACCCGGGCCCUGAGGCUGCACGUCUACGCUUCCGGUGCUUCCGAUACGAGGAGGCAAUUGGUCCUCAGGAAGCCCUGGCCCAGCUCCGGGAGCUGUGUCACCAGUGGCUUCGCCCAGAGGUACACUCCAAGGAGCAGAUGCUGGACCUCUUGGUGCUGGAACAGUUUCUAGGUGCACUGCCCCCUGAGAUCCAGACCCGUGUGCAAGGGCAGUGGCCGGGCAGCCCUGAAGAGGCUGCUGCCUUGGUUGACAGGCUUCAAUGGGAGCUGGAUGGGCCUCGGAAAUGGGUCACCGUCCAGGUACAGGGAAAGGAGGUCCUAUCAGAAAAGAUGGAACCCUCCAGCUUCCAGCCUAUACCUCACAUCAAGCUCCAAGCUCCAGAGCCUGGGGCUGAAACUCCCCCUGGGGUCAUGCAGGAAUUGCCGGUGGACCUUCAAAUGAAAGAGGAGACAGAGGUGAUGGAGAAUCCAGAGCUCCUGGAGUCUGGGCCUCCUCCUGCUGCCCAAGAGGCGACAGCUGCUCUCCUACCUAAGGAGGCCCAGGGUCAUGGGACAGCACUGGACCAGACCUCUCCUCACAGCGACACUGAGCCUGAUGUGCCCCCAUGGAGUGAGGACCCUGUGGCCCUGUGGCAUGAGGAAGUAGGGGGCAUCUUCUCACCAGGGUUUGCGCUGCAGAUGGACAGCAUCACGGCAGAGUCAGAUACGGUGAGCCCCCACCUCCAUGUUCCCUGGGAUCUCGACAUGGCUAGCCUCUCUGGACAGAUGCAGUCCCCCUCCCGAGAAGGAGGCUUCGCCCAUGCCCUCGCACUCCCCAGCGACCCGGGAGGUGAACAGGACCUUGCCUGCGAGGAUCCCUGCCCGGGUGUGGGCCCAACACUGGUGGCGACUCGCUGGCAUGCCCCAAAGGGCCGGAGCCGGGGCCGCCCUAGCACCGGGACCGGAGCGGUCCGAGGCGGCCGCUGCGACGUGUGUGGCAAGGUGUUCAGCCAGCGGAGCAAUCUGCUGCGGCACCAGAAGAUCCACACGGGCGAGCGGCCGUUCGUGUGUGGCGAGUGCGGCCGCAGCUUCAGUCGCAGCUCCCACCUGCUGCGCCACCAGCUCACGCAUACUGAGGAACGGCCUUUCGUGUGCCGCGACUGUGGCCAGGGCUUCGUGCGCAGCGCGCGCCUGGAGGAGCACCGGCGAGUGCACACGGGCGAGCAGCCGUUCCGAUGCGCAGAGUGCGGCCAGAGCUUUCGGCAGCGCUCCAACCUGCUGCAGCACCAGCGCAUCCACGGCGACCCGCCGGGCCCUGCGCCACCCGCUCUGCCCCUCCCCGGAGUCCCCGAGCCCCCGGGCCCCUUCCCGUGCAGCGAGUGCUGUGAGAGCUUCCCACGACGCGCCGUGCUGCUGGAACACCAAGCGGUGCACACUGGGGACAAGUCCUUUGGAUGCGUGGAGUGCGGCGAGCGCUUCGGCCGCCGCUCGGUGCUGCUGCAGCACCGGCGCGUGCACAGCGGCGAACGGCCCUUCGCCUGUGCCGAGUGCGGCCAGAGCUUCCGGCAGCGCUCCAACCUCACCCAGCACCGGCGCAUCCACACCGGCGAGCGGCCCUUCGCCUGUGCCGAGUGUGGCAAAGCCUUCCGCCAGCGCCCCACGCUCACGCAGCACCUGCGUGUGCACACGGGCGAGAAGCCCUUCGCCUGCCCCGAGUGCGGCCAGCGCUUCAGCCAGCGGCUCAAGCUCACGCGCCACCAGAGGACCCACACGGGCGAGAAGCCCUACCACUGCGGUGAGUGCGGCCUCGGCUUCACGCAGGUGUCUCGGCUCACUGAGCACCAGCGCAUCCACACAGGUGAGCGGCCCUUUGCUUGCCCCGAGUGCGGCCAAAGCUUCCGGCAGCAUGCCAACCUCACCCAGCACCGGCGCAUCCACACCGGCGAGCGGCCCUACGCGUGCCCUGAGUGUGGCAAAGCCUUCCGCCAGCGGCCCACGCUCACGCAGCACCUGCGCACCCACCGGCGCGAAAAGCCCUUCGCCUGCCAGGACUGCGGCCGCCGCUUCCACCAGAGCACCAAGCUCAUUCAGCACCAGCGCGUGCACAGCACUGAGUAGGUCAAAACACCUCACAAGGUUGUGAGGCUGGCAUCGCCCAACAGGCCCGCCCGGGGCCUGGUCUCCAGUAGGUGCUCAAUAAAUAGUAGAUGAUGCCUCCCCA